GCAGCUCUCUAUUCUAUUCACAUUCUGCAUCAACAGCAAGUAAAAAUGCUGCAAUCAGGUAUAUUGAGCUAUAUAGUUCUGAUUGUAACUCAGCUGAAAUGGGCGUGGGAUUAUCUUCUUUACCAGUCCUUCUUUCAGCCUCGUGGGAUUGUAUUGACCGAAUAUGCCGAUGAUCUUAGCGUAAAGCGCUAUCAAAGCAAUAACGAAAAUGAGAGUACAGUAGAAUGUGCUGUGUGUUUAUGUCGGAUUGAUGAAGGAGAUGAAAUCAGGGAGCUGAGUUGCAAUCAUCUUUUCCACAGAGUUUGCUUGGAUAGGUGGCUGGGAUGUGGGCAAAUGACGUGCCCUCUAUGCCGGAGUAACGUAAAGCCGCCUGGACUGGCCGUGGAUGGCCACCAGGAGGUGAUAUUGAUCAACUUUGAUGCUGCCAGAUCAAGGGAUCGCUGGUGGCUGCGUUGAACGGGAAUAUCUUCUACGCCUUUCAUUCAUUCUUUCUUUCUUUCCAUUUCUUACACAUAUAUGGAAACAUAAAAUAUGCAACUACGACGAGAAUUCUAUAAUUGGAAUUCAAGGCUGAGCACUUGCAUUGUCUCAAAAUAAUGGUGUUUUGCAUAGUAUAUAAGAUGUCAAUUAAUGUAGAUGCUACCGGUGUGUUAUAUAAUCGAUAAAGAGCCUUGCUCUAUAUUUGGUAUUUUACAAAAGCGCUUAAAAAGCGCUUUUGUAAUUAUAGUAUUUACCAUUUUAGAUGCU